CCACAAAAUGCUUGUAUUUACUUUUGACGCACGUUUAAAACACUGUAUAGCUCUAAACAUAUUUUAGCUGAGCGGGUUUACGUACUAGUCAGCUUUUGGCGGUUAAUCACUCUACGAAGUGACAAGUAGGAUUAACCGAGCGCCUUCUUCGGAAUCGUAAAAAGGCUGAAAAGGUAGGCCGUUCCACGAUAUUUCAUAGUACAUAAACCUCCUAACAUGUUUUCACAUGAAUGAAUUCUUUAAUUUUAUGAUAGGUUCGUGUACAGAAAAUUCCAAAUCUUUCAUAGUUAAGUAUGAACUUCACUUAUGUUAAUUUUCCUUAUCUAGAGUUCACGACUCAUUAACUAACAUACAUGUAUUAUUGUUCAUAGUCGUCAAUUUCGUUUCUGAUAUGAGUCAAUAUACACGUAAGGAAAAUUAUUUGGAAAAUUCACAUAAAUUCUGUGACCAAUUGCAGUUUAAGAGAAGGAAAAAGAUAGAAAAGCUUUGUUUUUAAAUUACUAUAAUAAAGGCUCUAGUGAUUAGUAUGAUUGAAAAUGAGCAUUGUAAGUUCAGUACUUAGUCCGCACGUAUAUCAAGCAGCGGUUUUUUUUCCUCGAUCUGUUUGUUUUAAUAUUAUUCUCACAGAUAGCUUCAAUUUGUAACCGGAGUAGAGAUGCGACUCGGUGAGACACAGCUUCUUCAAAGAAACAAAUACUGCAAAAAACAGUGUAUUACAAAACAGUGGGUUUUGUUUCUCAAACCACUCAGUUCUGUUGCUCAGUUUGUUUCAUUCUAACGGAAUCUUACUUCUGACUUCGUGAUUUAAAGAGCAACUACUACAUUGCAAUAAAAUUGAAAUUGCGUUUCACUUGUUUCAGUUUAUUCCUCUAAUAUUCAGGCUUCCGAGUACAGUUCAAGUGAUGGCGCUGGUUUGAACAAAAGGCACGUUUAGGGCGAUUUGUAUAUCGCCACUUUUCACAGAUUCACAGAUUCACUUAAACAAGCAAAACAAGGAUAUUUUAGGUCAACCCCAUUUGAAAAGAUUGCAUGGUUUAUUCUUUAACCGAACCUGUGUCGUAACAAUGAUCAGGAUUCGUUUUGGAACUAAUUCUGACUUAUUUUAUUCGCCACUGGGCUCGUGAAGCCAAUAGGGGGAGUUUUCUCGACUAAAUCGAUGCAAAAUCUGCCGAGAAUUUAAAGGCACGAUACAUUAGCACUGUCAAGCGAAAAUCUGUAGGAAUCAGUUAAAAUAAGGUUAAAAUUUAAAUUCAGAUAAAAUCGUGGAAACUUAAAAGAGCGAGAAGCCUUUUGUCCCUCCAAUAUGGUUACACGACGUUCAUUUCAGUCCAUGCCUCUUCAGAGAACAGUCUGGUCUGGGUUGGUAGCUGUUGUGGGAGCCCAAAAUCCAUAGAAAAUUAAUUACUACUGGUUAUUACGGGCGUGAUGUGGUUAUCAGGAACACGAACCAUUCUAUGCAUGGCAAGAAUUAGCUCUAGUAAUCGUGUUCUCAGACAGUUUGUUGGACUGCUAGAUGUCAGUUUUCUUCAAACAGUGGAGCAGGUCAUUUGGAUAGCAAUCACUAAAUCGUCUCUUUACAAAGAGUUUGUUAAAAGCUUACUGUAUUUUAUAGAUCGGAUACGAAUUGGUAAACGGUUUGUCACCAUGCAUUAAGACCUUCUUGUCCUGUUGCUGUCGAUUUUUUCAUGCAGAAUAUCUAGAUUCGUUUCUUUAAAUUUAACUUUUCAUGACGAGUAUUUCAGUAAAAACUCUUUCUCCGGAAAGCGUCAUUUUAUCCUCUUUAUAGGCAAGGUUUGAUUUGAAGAACCUAAUGGAAGUGUUUCGUGAAAAUUGGUUUUAGGUCGGGCUCGUACAUAUCAGAUUUUGUUUCCAUGUAGUGCGAUGGUAGUAUGUUCCAUAAAGCGAGUUCCUUUAGAUAUCACUUGUUGUGAGUAUUGCGUAUGCUCUGUAGACUGUACUUUUUGGUUAUAAUCUAUAGGAAAAUUGUCCCGCCCAAGAAAGUGAACAAACACCGUUGCAUUUGUACCAAACACUUUUACCUUCAUUAAAAACCCCGGCCACAAUUUUUUUGUUUUCGCGCCACCGGACUGCGUCCAAUUUUACUAUGUCAGAAUUCUCCUUUUCUCGUGUGAAUCAAAAGGCAAAUUUGAAUCAGUAGUUAAACUAUGACAUUGCUUAUGGUAGUUGUAGUUCUAGCAAGAAUUAACGACGCUGUGAUGAACAUGACCUGUUUACGUCAACCAAACCAGAAUAUUUAAUACCUAAAAUAAACAGAACCAAUAUCGUGGAUUUCAUUUAUCAGUCCGCUUCAGGUUAUUCGGUAACAAAACUAAAUUGGGAAUGCGCCUCCAGGCUGAAAUACAAACCGGUAGCCUUAAUUUCCAGCGUUUAUUUAUAUCAGCCAUCGAAUCGACUUUUCUAAUUGGUAUUGCUAUAGAUAACGUGACGAUCCACAGCAUUUCAGAAAAGUGAUACCGACAAAUUAAAAGUUGAAAGUGAGGGAAAAUUUGGGUCGGACUGAUGCUUUUUACUUAUAGUUCCCCAUUUCUCUAUUUUUCUUUACGCCCGAAAAGGUAAUUGAAUAUUCGAAGGCGAUAGCGGGAUUUUUAUCGGCAGAGAGACGAAAGACGAAUCAGUUUCCGAGAUUCAAUUAUCGGCAAAAGUGACUCAGCCUUUGGGAUUAGAAUUGGUCAGACUCAUAAUUUUGGUCUUUAAUUUACGUUACCAGGAAAAAAUGGCCAAUCUAGGCUCUUAACUAAUAGGGUAUUCUGUCUCCACUGAGCAGAGAGGACGAAGUCAGCAAAGGCGACGUUUAAAAUGUUUUGGUGUAUCUACAUUUCAUGUAAGUACCUUAGAUUAAACUUCUCUCUUCUACAGUAUGGAUUAAAGGGUUAAAUAACAGUACUUGAGUGCUACCCUUCUUCGGUAUGGUAGCUUAAAGAACACAUUAACCAGAUACUUAACAUGAUCAUGUUGUAAAAAGAAGACCCAAGAAACAAAUAGCGGCCACCCGUAGGAUGUCAUUUAUGCUUAAAAGGCAUUAUCGUCUCUUGUCAUAGUUUUCAGUAAACGAAAACCUCUGUGAUGACGAUUUUCCACAACUGUUAAUGGCUCGAUGUCUCGCUCUUGACGAUCCCUGCCAGGGUAGACUUUGGUAAUCUGCGUUUACGAGCUAAUUUAUCAGUUAUAAUCGUUGUUAUGAUAUAAACUACUGAAACACUGGUUUCGUUGCAACAAUAUGACCACGCACUGUAAAGAAUUAUUCUGAGCAAACAUGCUAAGAAAAGUUGCAAAAUCUCUAGAACCUGAGGGAAUGCACGGGAACUCGUAAUAAUGUACGCUGGAACACUUUGAAUUUGCAAGUCUGAUACAAAUGAAUCCAUUGGGUCUCAACUUUAAUGGUUUAAUUACGAUCGAGUGAAUAUAAAGAACUAAACCCCUUGAGACGCCUCAAUCUGUAACAGACCCAGUGAAACCCUAAAAACUUCGCUUCCCCGACGCCCGGCGAAUAUUUUGUAUCUACCCAGCUGAUUUUUUGCGUUCCCGGUCACUUUCUAUUUAUCACUUCUUCAAGACCAGUGUAUUUCGUUGUUCAUAUUUGUUUAAAAGGAGCAAAAAUAUAAGACAUUAUUAACAGAGAAGGCUACAGGUAAUCAAUCUCGCAUAAAAAACUUGUAAAUAGUUUAGUUCUUCUCGCUACAGCAAACGUAAAAGGUGUUCCAAGCUUUAAUCAAUCUCGCAUAAAAAACUUGUAAAUAGUUUAGUUCUUCUCGCUACAGCAAACGUAAAAGGUGUUCCAAGCUUUAAUGUUGGUAAAAAUGUAAGGCCUGCCAUCCUUUCCGCUUUUAUGGGAAGUAUACAACUAAGAAGAAAAACCCAGUGGAAAAUAAACCAACCCAGUGACAUUUUCUCCUAGAACCCGGGGACCAGUGAGAAGAUAUAGAUUCCACUAGGUCUGUUAUAGAGGGGUGUUUUAGUUUAGGUUACAUGAGGUUAUAACACCAUCCAGGCAAGCGUCUGGACCUGGAGCUAUCUCGAACUUGUGGCAAUCGGAAUCUUUGCAUAGGAUAAUACAGUCUCAUACAGUCUAGAAUAGUAAGAUGAGUAUAAUUUACCAGAAGUUUUGCGUACCAAGAAACUCAUACAAUUGGAUUAUAGCACUCGUCUGCCAAGCAAACCACAACAAAACCCCGGCCAGACCAACACUGAAGGUCUUUGAGGAUAAAGUGCUCCAUUUGCAUUGCAACGUUAUCUGCAAACGGUUAGCCUGUCUAUUCUUCUCGGAUAAAGACGAAAGCCGUGUAGGUCCCGUCUUACAGUCCCCUUUCUUAUGAAAUUCUGUACGUAGGACGUUAAAGGACCCACGCACUGCUCGUAAGGAGUAGGGAUAUAGUCCCCUGUGUGGUGGUCUAUCUCAAAUUCGCUUUUACAUCAAGGAGGAUUUAUACAACCAUAACUAAAUUAAUUGUAAACUGUGCCCUGAUCAGUCUGGCUCAAGUCCCCCAUCCAGUGUUGUUGCUUAUUACGAUUUACUAAGCUAGCCUUUAAAAAUUUACGCAGAGAUAUCAGAAACGACUAAAGAUAACUUGAUGAAACGACUAAAGAUAACUUGAUGAUCUCAUUGCAGUAUUUGCUUCUGUAAGCAAAGCAUUAGACUGCGCCCUGUUUGACCCGAAAUGCAAAAAGUCCGAUCCUACAGCACCCACAAACUCUUCGUGCUACACACUUCAGCAGUGUGUUCACUUCCCUGGAGUCAAGCCGGAAUGCUGUGCAUUGUUCAAGCGAAAUCAAAGGGGACUUGGACCGAGUAUUGUGAUGCAAGAUUGCGCGCAGAAGAAUAGCUUCGACUGUGGAUCAUUAAUGUGUAUUGCGCAUGCACGGAAAAGAAACUCUCCCAAACAAGCGGCCAAAGAGUACUUCUGCUGUUGUACUGAGGAGAGGUGUAACGGCCUCUUGGUUCUAUUUGUUGAGGAAGAGAAGGGAAAAAGCGGUAGGAAUUAAUUCCAAUUUUAAAUUGGACUAGGAAUGAUUAGCUAAUUUAUUGGCAGUCGUUCAAAAGAUGGAUCACGCUAUUCACUGAUUAAAUUUCUCUCUAAUAAAUAACACAGUUGUUCCCUAACUUCAAGUUAAAACAGCCGGGGAAGUUGGAAAAUUCUUGACUUAUGUGAUACAGAUUAUCUAUUCAUUAAAAAUGGACUGGUGUUAGUUGACUCAGGCACGUAGGGCCAGCUGUGGUACCACAGUUUGAAACGUGCGGGAAGAGAGCAGAACAAGAAGAGAACAAGGUUUCCGCUCCACCGUUGACCGUUAUGUUUUCUGCUUUCUCAAAGCGCGUUUCGUCGGGUUAUUUAGUUGGUAGUUUCCUCCGGACCGAGUUAGCUUUCCCUUUUCAGCACUGACUCUCUUUCCUGGUCUGUUCACUGUGCCCUUGAUGAGAAUGACUUACCUUCGGAGCAGACUAUAACUUUUAAAUUACCAUCAGUCUAUGUUCCUGUUUACAUUAGUGAGCUCGCUACAACUUAAUAACAGUGUACCAUGGCUAUUUUUGCUAAUUUAGUUUUUGUAUCGUUGCUAAAUGAGUGUUUACCACUUACUUAAUGCUACACGUAGUUUACGCUCAAUGAACUAAUGUGUGGUCAUUGAACUGCUAGUGUGGUUAUUGUGUAGUUAUUGAACUAACGAAAAAGCUAUCCGCUGGAUAAUGAUCUAUCCAGUGGAUAGCCCAAUCCAUCGUUUGAACAGCCGAGGCCUUAUCGAUUAAACCUCUCUGAGACUGACCUAUAGCGAUACCUUAAAUCGAAUGCUCAAGCGACCGAGUUUAACAGCAGAUCAGAAUCGUUCAGUGUAUGAGAAUAUAUCAAAACAGACUACAAUUAAGGUAGGUGAAUAAUUGUACCAUAGUUCUUUCGAUUUCUUUUUUUCUUUCUGUCACCUUUCUUUAGAAAUUGAAGAGUCGAUCAGAAAGUUAAGGUUACUGAUUUGGGCCCAGAUUGUUGCCGUUACGAUUUUUAGUUCCCUCAUCGCGAUUGCGUAUAUGCUGCACAAAGUGAGCUCUAAUAGAAGACGGCGCCCAUUGACUCAAGUUGUCUGCAAUAGAGGUUUGUCGUUUUUAUCACCGAUGUACUAAUUUGUAAAUCUAGAUUUUUAUAGAGAGAGGUAAUAGAGAAAGGUAGAUUUCUUUGCCAAGUUUUCCAAGGCCACAAUCAUAGGUUACCAAGAGACCAUUACGACAGAGAAGGGAAUCUUAGGGCGUUGGCCGGGAUAUGAGAAUUUUACAAAAGCUAUUUUUAGAGGUUGGAAUAAAACGGAGGUGUAAUUCCUGAGUCGCUGACACAUUUAAAUCAAACCCUGAAAUCAAGUCCUUAAUGCAAAAAAAAUGCAGAAUAUUAUUUUGUGAUGGCGACUGUUGAAUUCUCUUUUGGCAACGCUUGUUAAAAUUUUGCGCACCUCUCCGGAGUCCAACUUCCGAUUAAUCCAAGCAAUUAAUUUUUCUAAAAAUAAGUUUGGUGAAAUUCGCAUAUCCCGGUCCCAGUAUUCUCUCUUGAGGUUACCUCUGGUGCCUGGUAAACUACAAACAGGGCAUAAAUCAUAUGUUUUUAUGGUAACUUGCGCAAAUCGCCAUUCGACUAAAGUCCAGAAAUAUGAUCAAGAGUCUUUGGGGGUGUGGGUAAGGAACUACGUCUCACGCUCGUUUUUAAUGAAAAAAAAGAUUGGUAUGUCUGUAGUCAGAAAGUACUACGAUUUACUUUUCUCAUUCUAUGGCAGUCGUCUGUAACAGCGGUUAAUAAUGGAUGGACUGAGUGGAAUCCAAUACAGGUUGUAAUCAUACGAGUAAUUAACGCCACGUGGUCAUCCCAUUUGUUUCAUUACGAGUAUGAUUACAGACCGCACUGGAGGACACGAAGUUCUCUCUCUAGUGUCAUUGAUUAAUAAUAGCUAUAACAACAUUUGUGAUACUUAAGGCUUUUUAUGACAUUAAAACACAACAAAUUCCAAGAGUAUUUGCUAGCAGUGGAAAAAACCACUCAAGUGCGCGCGUGCGAUGGCCGCCCGUACUGUCUAGUUACAUCAGGGGCACCCAACGAGAUUAUAGUCCAAAACCUCUUAAACAUAGCAUUGUUAAACGUAUUUUAGUAUUUAAACGGUAGAUAAAGGCAUAUUUUUAUCCCCUAAAAAUUUUUCAUCUGUUCGGAUUUCCUAGCUGAAAGUCUAGUGAUCCGAAAAUUAUAGGGAUCAAAACUUACCUUUUCGAAAAUUUCAGCCAGAAAAAAGGCUCCCGAAAAUUAUAGGUGACCUUUUUAGGGUAAAAAUCCGCUAAAAAUAGGCAAUUAUACCAUUUUUUAGAUGUUCGAAAAUCCUAGGAGAGGCAGGCAAGCAAGAAAUUUUACAACAAAUGUUCCGAAAAUUCUAGAUCUAAAAUCGUCUUCCGAACAGAUAUUUUUCCGAAAAUUGUCGUUGGGUGCCCCUGUUACAUAGGCACAACGCGUACUGACCUUUUACACUGUCCUAUUAGCGCUGAAAUCAGGAUAGUUUUGAGUAAAUAAAGUAUCCAAUAGGUCAGAUUUGCAACUAUCAGCCAAAAUUUUUCAUUCAGAAUUUUGUGUCCACCCAUAAAUAAAGAGUUCCUAUUACUUUUUCAAUCAGUUCCAUCACCAAAAUUAGACCAGAAGGUAUAACAAGGACUCUUAGAUUGUAAAAUGGCCUUCUGAAGAGGCCAUUUUAGAACAAACAAUAGUAGCAACACCUCCACCCCCAAGCCCCCAAAGAGAGGAAUAUAAGAAGCUAUAAGUUUUAAUAGCAGAGCUUGGCAGAACGAUGCGGAUUUUUACAACAACUUUUCUUCUGUAGCCCAUGGUGAAAACCAAACUAAAGGUGUGCUUAUUUUUUUUAUUUAUUAACUUAUCAACUUAUUGAUUUAUUAUUUUUUUAAGGUGCUCAUCGAUACUCAAACAUUCCUCAAUGGACAAGAAAAGACUUUCAACUGAUCACCUGCCUCGUUCGAAGCAAGUUUGGUGAAGUAUGGCAGGCCAGGCCGCAUGGCUCUAAUCAGAUAGUCCGCAUCCGAUUGACAGCAGGCUCGGAUGACGUCUAUCUUUACGACAGUCACUUAAUGAGGAAAAUGCCAACCUUUAAAUUCACGACAGCUCUUUAAAUGCGGCCUGAACUUGUAUAAAACCCUAAAUCGAAUUAAACUUGAGGGGGUCAUGUCACCACUGAGGGUAUUGCUGUUUUAGGUAAAUUCUGUGCUGUCGUUAUUACGUAGUGCUAUACAUAAAAUGCUCUUGUAGCGUUAUGAAGAAGAUAAAAGGCAAAUUAAUAAUGAUAAAUUUCCACCAUUACCA